CACUACUUUUUGCAUUUCUUGAGAAAUGUUGCUAUUGCAAUUACAAGUAGAAAAAUAAGUACCAUCGCGACGAUGGUGUUCUUUCAUUAGUAUCGGUACGAGUACUUCUGGUCGGGUCGAUCAGCAUGUUCUGCAACAGAUAAGACACACAAAAGAAGCUCUGAAGAAAGAUAUCCAGGUAGAAAAUUCUUUGAAAAGGCGCCCAUAUUCAAAAUCAUGGGGGACAGCAACGAUGGCAACGACGACAACYUUCUCACGAGCUGGUCAUGCUGCAACGACGAGCAAACCGUCUUUUUGCUGCUUUAUAUCGCCUACGUGGCGCUGGCCCUUCUCACCUGGAAAUCAUUCAUAGCCAAACCAAUCCGAUUGGUGGCCGUAUUUGUUCACGAAUGGUGCCACGCUAUAAUGUGCUGGUUGACCUGCGGAGACGUUCGCAAAAUCAACGUUUUCGAAAACGAGGGAGGCGUCACUACGUUUGUCGGUGGSUGUCGGUGCCUCAUCAUCCCAGCAGGAUACGUCGGAUGUAGUAUCUGYAGCAUGAUUUUUGUGAUUCUGAGCGGCGGCCAUACUUCGGCCUUGAUUGGGUGCAUCCUGUUUWCGCUGAGUUUGUUAAUGACACUCUGCUACUCCCCCAACCGGCUGACCGUCUUUUUGUGCCUGGGGUAUGCAGUGGUGAAUAUAACGGUGGCAAUAAUGGAUUAUUAUUGGUACAAUUUGCUCCUACAGUGCUUGUUUCUAUACUAUGGUGUGACGAUCGGAAUAUUCUCGAUUGCCGACACAUACGACGACACGGUCUUGCGGGAAAACAGGGRAAGCGAUUCGGUGGCUUGCUCUCGAGAAGUUUGUCCCUGCUGCCCCUCCAAAUGCAUUGGCUUGCAAUGGGCAAUGCUCGCGAUUUUCUUCCAGUUCAUUGGAAUGUGGUUCGCGCUGGUUGCUAUGAGCCCAGAAUGCGAAGAUUUGAGCUGGAUGAAUUGCAUGGACCCAGAAGACGAUGGAAUAUGGGACGUGUGGGAAGUCUUGUUUGGUGGGGAACGACAUCUUGAUUUCGAUGGAUGGUGGCAUCAGUUUGCUGAAUCGAUCGAGUGGAACAACCACUAAAGCAUUACAGCACGAAACGGAUUGAUUGCACUGAACCGUGCAUCGAGGAAGUCAAACAGGACUAGCCACCGGGUAUUGCGAUCGGGAGUCUUUCGCUAACUAAACGUGACCUGCUGGGACUGAUCGCGUUGAUUUAUUGCACGAAAAGAAGUGUUCUGAUCGAGAGACGAUACAGUUGAAAAUGGGACGAAAUAAAUGUUCCGUCGCGAAAAACCCUCUAAAGUAUACAACUCAUGAGCAUGUAUAAGCAUUGAGUAAAAUUUCCCAAUUUUCAGGUAUUGCCUGAAGGUGCGGGAUAAUGGUUCGAAAUUUCCGAAGCCACUCGAAAGGAAAGUAACUAGGUGAGGCUACGUUCUAGUUUUUGUUUCAAUGAAAUGCCGAUAGAUGAUACGACGGAUUUGAAUAACUGGAUCGGGCUUGCGAGACUCGUUUUACGAGCUACCGUAUUUCACCUCUUCAGCACGACGUAUUUUUGCUUCAGUCCUGAACAUCCUUGUCAAAAGUACGAGUGCUGUUAACAUGGAUAGUGCAGUAAGAAUUUGACGUAAGUACUCGUGAUUUACUCUCACAAUUGAGCAUAUUGGUCUCUUUUAUCGGUGGGAUCAAAAUCAUCAGCGGUGUGUGCCCAAACUGUCUGCUGCGAAAACUUUUCGAUCUUUCCAAUCCCCCAAGCGUCGAAAGUGAUAAAAAUGUAGUAGUAUUCAAAAUAAAACUAGUACUGAUACAAAAUAAGAUGAAGUUAUUGUACGACAGAUGCGGUGCACAUCAGCAAAAUUUUCAAAACAAGAAAUGCCUUCCUUGCCGAAAUCCCCUUCAGAUUGAUUGAUUUAGCGUCGUCUCAGCUGCUGGUAAAACACAACGAGCUCCAACUUGACACUCGGCGCUGAAUUUACAGUCCUAAGAAAUAAAAAGAAAGUGACGGUAUAAAGAACUCCMUCGCCUGUUGCCAUAUGAAAUAAUUGUCUAGCAGUCGC